ACAAAUUCUCAUAGUUAUUACGCGAAUAAGCCCCCAAAUAUCGGAAUCCAAAAAACACUCCCUCUCUCUCUCUCUAAAACUCUGUUUCUUUCAAUGGCGCUUCGGAAAAUGCUAGCGAAGCGACUAUUUGACGGUUACAGUUACAGAGUUACAUCACCAGCGGUCACUAAAGACUUCUCACCGAUCUCACCAUCCUCAACCGUGGUACCUCCAAACGCUUCCAAAUCUAGCUUCCACCGCGAGUACAUAGCCUCGCCGGACUCCUCCGAGAAAGGCUUUUUCCGGCGAUUCCUUCACCGGAGAGCGAUGAGUCCCUUACCGGAGUUCCUCUCCGUUCCGGUCGGAGACAAGCUUAGAGAGAAGCUCAGAGCCAUCAACAUUACUGGCGAUCGGAUCAGCCUCGACGGACUGGGUCCUCCGGCGCCGGAAAAAGCAGCCUUCGCCGGAGAUUCGGUUUUUGGAAUCUCGAUCCAGGAGGCGAAGAAGAUCCUGAGGCUCUCGCAGGUGGAGAAGCUGAAAGCGAAGCUGAGAGAGAUUCCGAAGAGCUCGAUUUCGUACUCUGAGUUCGUCCGAGUCUGUGUUCAGGGAUGUGAAAAUGAAGACCAAGGCGCUGAGUUUGCCAAAAUGUUAGAUGACUCGGGAAACGUCAUCGUUUUGGGGAACGUAGUUUUUCUUCGACCCGAACAGGUGGCGAGAUCAAUGGAGACACUGAUUUCUGAAUCAAUAGCCAAUCCAAAGGACCCAAGGAGGAGAGAAUUGGAGCAAAUGGAAAUGCAGAAGGCCCUAAUCGACAAUAAAGCCCGGGGCUUGGUCCGUGGUGAACUAUACUGUGGAUUGGGCUUCGUUUUUCUCCAAACACUGGGCUUCAUGAGGCUCACCUUUUGGGAGCUCAGUUGGGACGUGAUGGAACCCAUUUGCUUCUUUGUUACCUCGCUUCACUUCGCUAUUGGCUAUGGAUUCUUUCUAAAGACCUCUACAGAACCCACUUUUGAAGGCUAUUUCCAGCGCCGAUUCAAAGCCAAACAAGAAAAGCUUAUGAAAAUCCAUAACUUUGACUUAGACAAAUACAAUGAGCUCCGCAAAGCUUGCUAUCCAAGCCACUCUGCCUCCCCAAGUUACACCAAUAACUUCUCUUCUUUCAAGCAUGAAGCACGGUCAUUUGUUGGUGCCGUGAAUUAAUGAGAAAAAGAUAAUAAUAAUAAAAUUGGACACAUUCUCGAGUAAUAAAAAUACCCAAAGGAAAUAGAUAGUUUUGAGUUUGACUAAAAAAAAAAUCGAAGCGACCGAAACUUUGAACGAGUGUUUUUUCUUUCAAGUUCCAAAAGAUCGGUUUAAUUAAUAUUUAGUAUAGUUUGAGCAAUGACAUAUGAUCUGAGUUUUUGUAAAUAUUAUAUUAGGAACUUUAUAGGUUUUCACAGCACGGACUACAAAGCUUUUUCGGAAGUUCUUGUGCCAUGUCUAGGCCUUGGACCCAAAAUUGGCCUCGGAAUUAUGCCUCUCGGGGCCUUGAUCUUGUAAAGUGGUCUGCGACCUCUACUUUUCUUUUUGUAAGUAAAUAUACAAUGUCACUGAAAAAUAACAGACUUUAUCAUGUUUUUUUCA